AUGGCUGCCGAACCAGGAGAAAGCCUGCCCUGUCCGGCCCAGGGAGUUGGGCCAUUCUACCGUCCCGAUGGGGAGAAGCCUACUGCAACAGUAUCGAAAGCGCUACCUUACGAGAACGUUCACGUUUUGCCGCAGACUCCCCAAUUAAUUGCUCUUCUGACCAUGAUCCGAGACAAGCGAACUGGGCGCGCCGAUUUCAUCUUUUAUUCGAACCGGAUCAUUCGCCUCCUAGUUGAAGAAGGCCUCAAUCACCUCCCUGUGGUGGAACAGCCGGUCACUACUCCUGUUGGACGAACCUAUCUCGGCGUGAAAUUCGAAGGGAAAAUAUGUGGCGUUUCUAUUAUGAGGGCGGGAGAGGCGAUGGAACAAGGCUUGAGAGACUGCUGCCGGUCCGUUCGAAUUGGAAAAAUUCUCAUACAAAGAGAUGAGGAAACAUGCAAGCCGAAACUAUUUUACGAGAAGCUUCCUGGUGACAUUGCUAACCGCUGGGUUCUUCUGCUCGACCCCAUGUUUGCGACAGGCGGCUCUGCUACACUUGCGGUAGAGGUUUUGAAACAGAAGGGCGUACCGGAGGACCGAAUUCUGUUCCUCAACCUUAUCGCUAGUCCAUCAGGAGUUGCGGAUUUCGCCAAACGUUUCCCGAAACUGCGAAUUGUGACGGCGUUCAUCGACCAGGGCCUGGAUGAGAAGAAGUAUAUUAUCCCAGGCCUGGGAGAUUUCGGGGACCGGUACUAUACAUUAUAA